UUCUCCACUUUUCUCCUUCAUUAGGGUUUUCUCUCUAUUUAGCUGCGCAGCUCUCUCUCCUUCUCACCGAUUCAUUCACUUCUCUUAAAACUCGUUAAUUUUUUCUGGGUUUUUGUCUCUUUUGCGAUCUGUUUCCGAAAGUUGUUUAAUUUUCGAGUGAGAAUUAAGAUUGAGAGAGAAAGAGAACCAUGGAGGAAGGAAGUAUGUUCAGAUCUCUAUUAGCGAUUCUUCAGUGGUGGGGUUUCAACGUUACCGUCAUCAUCAUGAACAAAUGGAUCUUUCAGAAACUGGAUUUCAAGUUUCCACUAUCGGUUUCAUGUGUUCACUUCAUAUGUUCAUCGAUUGGAGCAUACAUCGUUAUCAAAGUUCUUAAGCUUAAACCAUUGAUUGUUGUUGAACCAGAAGAUCGUUGGAGGAGGAUUUUUCCAAUGUCUUUCGUGUUUUGUAUCAACAUUGUCUUGGGAAAUGUCAGUCUUCGAUACAUUCCGGUUUCGUUUAUGCAGACGAUUAAAUCUUUCACUCCAGCUACUACAGUUGUGUUACAGUGGCUGGUGUGGAGGAAAUACUUUGACUGGCGUAUUUGGGCGUCUCUCGUGCCCAUUCUACUUCCACAAAGACCAUUCUAGCCGAAUCUCUUCUUCAUGGUUACAAAUUUGACAGCAUAAACACCGUAUACUAUAUGGCGCCUUUUGCCACCAUGAUACUCGGGAUACCAGCACUAUUACUGGAAGGCAGUGGAAUUUUGAGUUGGUUUGAAGCACAUCCUGCUCCCUGGUCAGCCCUCAUCAUUAUAUUCAGUUCUGGUGUUCUAGCCUUCUGUCUCAACUUCUCCAUCUUCUACGUCAUUCACUCCACAACCGCAGUCACGUUCAACGUAGCUGGAAACCUUAAGGUUGCCGUAGCUGUAUUGGUCUCAUGGUUGAUAUUCCGUAACCCAAUAUCGUAUAUGAAUGCUGUUGGAUGUGGAAUUACGCUUGUGGGCUGCACGUUUUAUGGAUAUGUGAGGCAUAUGCUUUCACAGCAAACACCGGGAACUCCUAGGACACCUCGUACCCCAAGAAGCAAGAUGGAAUUACUUCCUCUUGUUAAUAAUGAUAAACUCGAAGG